GUGUAGUUUUAAAAUAAUGAAUUACAAUGAGAACAAUUUUUUCUUGGGCGAUUCAAGUGUUGUAUAUCUUUAACGAAAUUGUUUUUAUUGAUUCGCAAAGGCCACAAUUUCGCGACGACUACAGAUACGAGAAAGUAUUUAAAGUAUUCUACAAACUCCAUACCGAGGCCGUGAAUUGGUACCAGGCUCGCAUACGUUGUGAGGCGGAGGGUUCUCAGCUAAUCGUACCACAUUCCUUGGACGAAGCGGAUAGUAUACCGCUCCUGAUAGCUCCGAUACUGACAAAAUAUGAAGGAGUGUAUAUUGGAAUACAUGAUUUAUACUCGGAACGAUCUUUCGUUACUAUAAAAGGUAGUGGUCUUCACGACACAAUUCUCGAUUUGCUAUGGGAACUGAAACAGCCUGUACACAGUGGAGGGAGAUGUGUGGCGAUGCGACGCAAUGGUCGCCUCUUUGUGCAUCCUUGUUUGGAGGCCCUUCCAUUCGCUUGCAAAAUUAAAGCUUCGGAAGUGAUGUAUUAUUCAGAAUGUGACACGUUUGAUUCGCGCUGGAUACUAGGCCCCAACAACACGUGUUAUAUAACCCAUUUGGAACCUCAAACAUGGUACGAGGCAUAUUCCACCUGCCUCAGCGCAGGUGGUCACCUCACAGUUCUUGACACAAAGGAAGAGGCAGACUACAUAAGAGACACGUUCAAGCAAUAUGACCAGCACAAAACGCCAGGGGACUUCGCGUUUCUCGGCUUCAGUGAUAUCUUUCAACGGUAUCAUUAUAGGACUGUUCUUGGUGAUCCUUUAAAAGAGAAAGCCGUCGACUGGGAUUUCAAGUGUCCAGGAAACUUCACGAAGUUGGAGGAAAGGUGCGGCGGUUAUCGUAGAAGUGGGCUUCUAUCAACCAACAGUUGCUUGAAACCAUCUAUGUUCUUUUGCGAGAAACCGGCAAAUGGGACGUUUAGAAUAAAGAAUCACGCGCGAAGUCAGCUAAGAAGUGGGUUUAGGAAAUUACGGAAAGUUUAGACAGUGUUCAAACUUACGCAUUUAAGAAAGCUAAUUACAUAUUUUGAUUGUUAGUAUCAUUUUGUAAUAUAUAUAGUUGUCGCUUGAGCAUCUAUGAAAACAUAACACCCACUACAUACAAAAAACUCUAGUGUGUCAUUAACAUUAAUUCUGUAGCUAGAUUACUUUUUAGAAUGAUUUUAAUAUCGGGAUGGUCAUAGACAAUCAAAGUGAGCGCGAAAACAUGUUGUUUGUUUUUUUUUUGAUUAAAGUGUUGCCUGGAUUCAAAAUUAGUAAUUAAGUUUACUAGGCUCUCAAAAAACUUGACUUUAAUUAAACAAUGGCAACAUUAUGUAUUUCAAUAACAAUGUAAACAAUAAAGCGAUCCUGAAGUGACGCAUUCUUAAGUUAAAUGAAAAGAUACUAAUUACGAGUACGUUGUAUGGACAAGGCAAACUAAACAAAAUAACGUCUAUGAUAGGACUUUUAUUAUGUCAUGUAUGUUAAAUGACUGACCCAUAAUGACAUUUAUUUAAAGAACGAGUGAUAUUGACAAAACAUUAAAUUGAG